AACGCGUUCCGGCCACUGAAUAUAAGCAGAACUCGAGUGGACUGCAAUGAUCUUCUCUUCCCUACACAACGACAGUUGAAUGAUCGAGCUCUCAUUGGCCACAGUCAAUUAUUUCGAUAACUCUUUUUGAACUACCACCUUUCUUUCAUCUUAUUGGCUUUUUUGGUCACGAUGUCUGCUUCCGGCUUCGACUUCCCCGUCAUGACGGACACUCGUCCUGAUGACCAUUCCCUCCCAGCCUUCAUGGUGUCGACCACAAGAGGCUUCCUGCCUCGCCAGGAGCCUGUCGUCAAGCUACCACCAGAGUUCGAUGCCCUCGAGUCUCUCCUAAACAGAAUGCCUGUCAAGACUCUGUCGGGAGAGCCAGGCUUGUUGGCCAAUUUUACGUUUGGCGAUACCGUCUUGAAGGAGUUGCCAGACCUCAGUGCUGAGGUAGAAAAGUAUCGUAAUGAUCUUGUUGUGAUGAACGCUCUCUAUCGUGACUACUCCUUCGUUGCUUCGGCAUACCUCCUCGAGCCAUGCCAUGAAAGAUUCUUGAAGGAUGAACCGUACGGGCUGGGCCGUCAGACUUUGCCUCGGUGUAUCUCCUUGCCCAUUGUCAAGGUUGCAGAGAUUGCUGGGUUCAAACCCUUUAUGGAGUAUGCAGGUUCAUAUGCCCUGUUCAACUAUCGCUUCGAGGAUCCUGAGAAGGGCCUUGACUAUGACAACCUUCGCCUGGUGCGUGCAUUUGAACACGGAUUGGAUCCAUCUUCUUCAGAGGCUGGAUUCGUUCUAGUGCACAUUGCCAUGGUUAAGGAGUCUGGUGCCUUGAUCAAGGGUGUUGUCGAGAUGCUAGAAGGAAGUACGGCGCGUGACCGGGAGCAAUUCAAUGAUGGAUUGCGCACGCUGGUGGACGGCCUAAGGAAGGUCAAUGCCGUCAUGAACACAAUGUGGAAUCGUAGCAAGCCGCAGAGCUACACUACAUUUCGUACGUUCAUCUUUGGCAUCACCUCACAGUCAAUGUUCCCAAAUGGUGUAAUCUACGAGGGCGUGAGUGAGGAGCCAAUGUCGUUCCGUGGGGAGUCUGGAGCGAACGACAGCAUGAUCCCAUUAUGCGACAAUCUCCUUCAGAUUAAGAUGCCCGAGACUCCGCUUACGGAUAUUCUCAAGGACUUCCGUCAAUACCGACCAGGAAACCAUCGUGAAUUCCUCGAGGCGGUUCGGGAUCAUGCUAUCGAGACAGGUGUAAAGGAUUAUGCCCUGCAAGACUCGGUCUCAGCCGCAUUGUAUCUCCAGGCAUUGGAUCAAGUUCGUGAUUUCCGAUGGCGACAUUGGUGUUUCACGCGGGAAUACAUCCUGAAGCGAACGGCACAUCCUACAGCUACUGGUGGAAGUCCUAUCGUGACAUGGCUUCCAAAUCAGCUUCAGGCUGUUAUGGCUCAAAUGGUUGACACAUCGGCGUAUUGCCAGUCAAUCAACGGAGUGAGUGAUAUCAUGGACAACGUAAACCUUCAACAAGAGACUUUGAGGAAGGAAAUCGCCAAAUACUGCAGUGAGCGUGGCGUUGCGGCUUCAUGAUGAAUGAGAGCAUGAUGAAUGGGAGACCGAAUUGGGGACCCGAAUAGUCAUCGUCCGAUAGAUCACGCCCGGCAGUAAUGAUUGUAAACACCUGCAUCUUCGUUGACAGCGCCCUUCAUUUGACCGCCCUUUCUUGUGAACUAUGAUUGUUCUAAUCCAAAUACGGAAUAUUACCAGUGGUGCCUGCGUUGCUGCGGUGGAACGGGUUAACCCAUCGUGUCAUGCUAGUAUCCGGGUGACCGGGAAUAUGUCUGUUUGUUCAUGAAAACGAUGACUGAAUCUCAAUGAUGGUCAAUGAUGUGUCAAGACACUGUGAUUAUGUCUUACCCCCAUG